CAUUUGCACCUCUUGAAAUUUCUUCUAUCUUUCAAUGCGGGUCUCACAUUUAAUGCCUCAAUUUGACAUUUAAGUCUUUGUUUGUCACUGUUAACUUUGUACCUUUUUGUUAUCUUUUUGUUUAUAGCGUAGCUGUCCAACUAUUUUUGUAUCUGCUUUUCAGAUUAGUGAUCAAAAUGUUGUAAUUAAGUAUAUAUGCUUGGAAGUGUUUCUUAAAACUUGCUCUUGACUUUCUGUAAUCCUUCCGUGCAUUAAACAUUAAAAUUUCUUACCUAAAUUACUUAAUCAAUACUAAUUAAAAAAAAUUAAAUUUAUGAAUACACAUUGAGCCCGUGCACAGCACAGGAUUGUUCUCACCAGUAUACGUAUAAGCGACCAAAUUAGAUCUAGCCCUAUAUUGGUCAUAAAAGAUUGCUCCACCAAAUAGAUGGGGGAAAAUAGCUCAGCCCCAACUGUUCUAGAGAGCAAAAAGACCAUCAUCUCCAAAGAUUUGUCUCCAGAUUCUAUUUCUAAGCUCAAUGGAUUCCUCAAAAGCAUGGGGGUAUUCAACCUUACCUUUCCUUCACAGUAUGACACUAAGGACUCUUUCUCUGAACUCACCCGUGGCUUCCUCAAAGUCCAACACAUCCACCGUGGCAAGAUUUCUUGUAUUGUCUCUGUCAAACCUCCUAUCAUGAAUUUCUAUGGUUCACUGCAUGGAGGAGCGAUUGGAGCUGUAGCAGCAAGGGUGGCAACUGGCUGUGCCCGAACUAUUGUGGGAAAGGAUAAGGAGCUCUUUCUUGGAGAAUUGAGCAUAUCUUAUCUCUCUGGUGCUCCUCGAAAUGCAGAAGUAAUAGUUAAUGCAUCCGUUAUUAGGAGUGGAAGAAACCUGACUGUAGUUGCACUGGAUUUUAGAGUAAAGGAUUCUGAGAAACUGAGUUACAUCGCUCAUGCAACAUUUUAUCACAUGCCUGUAGCAAGUUUAUGAACUAGACCUGCUUCAACACAUUAAGCCAAGACAUCCUGCUGGUGGAAAGACCAGAUAACUCACAAUAUCAAGGGCUGGCAAUGUUUCGCGAUUUUAUCAAAAUCUGGAAGAGUUCAGCUAUGUUGCUGGAGCAAAGAUUAUUCUGUUUCUGGUGGUUAAAAACAUUUGUGUAAAUAAAGUUGUCUACCUUUCUGCCAAAUAGCGAUGUAAUCUCUUGGCAGAUAACUGAUGGCAUCAUAUAUAGUCCUUUACACUGAGUAAGGAAACUCUUGUUUAGAAAUGAGCAUGAUAAUCAUCCCUUUAGUCCAA